ACUAAACUCUCUAUUGUGGUUCGACAGUUUUAUGUUCAAUGUUAUAGGGAAAUUAACUGUUUGAAUUUAACAACUUUAUUUUUUACGCGAUUUAAAUACUUUAUACUUAAUUCUGACACAUAUACGUAUAGACAUUUUAUAGAUUAAAUACAUUGUACUUGUAAAUCAAAUAUCUCUGGGUUUUCAUUCUUCCAAUAUCUUUAACGAUGUAUUUUAUGUUCGUUUUUUGUAGUUCAAUCGAAAUCUUAUCCGUAACGACGAAAUAUAGCUGUUAAAAUAUUUUAAAGCCAUUAUAAAUAAUAAUAACAAUGGUCGUUAUAUUGUUCACAAUUCAAUGAAAGGAAUAUUUUUACAGAUAACUUUAAUGGAUACAAGAUUUUCUAAUGAAUAUUAGUCCAAGCGGUAAUUUUAUUACUUUCAAUAUUUAGUAUUAUCUUAAAGAAAUAAAUAAUAAUAUUAAUUUGUUGUAAAAAAAUAACAAAAAAUUAUAACGCCUUAGAGGGAAAGAGUACAAAUUUUACAAGCCAUUUAUAAUGAGAAAGAGAAGAAUAUAAUAAAAUUAAUCGUUUAAACAUUUAGUUAGUGACAAGAGGAGAAAAAGAACAAUAUUAAAGUAAUAUACAUAGUUUUAAUACCGUUAAAAAUGAAAAAUUUUAUCAAAACGUAAUCAAAAAACCAAAAAUACGCGACAUCAUUAUAAUAUUGUUAAACAUAAUAAAACUUAUAGCGUAAAACGAAAAUAAGUUCUUAAAACUGCUUAUGAUAAUGAAUUAUGUUUGGAACCUUUUUGGCGUUAAUCGUAAAAAUAUAGUAAUAUCUAAACACUAAACGAAAAAAAUGUUUCAAUCCGAGACCUGAAAAGAUGGCAUAAAAUAAAAAAUGUCUACAUUAAGUCAUACUUGUUAUUUUUGAUUUGUGUUCUUGCUUUGUAAAUCAAAUUUCUUCAAAACUUUGCCAUUUAAUGAAUUCAUAUUUAAAAGAGUAUAAAGACUACAAUUAUUUUUAUUAGUUUGUACACUGUACUUAUUUCAUAAUUAAUCAAAUAAAAUAUAUAACUUAUUAAACGCGUUGCAAUGAAAAACGGAUACAACGCAUCUGCCAAAAAUGUAAUCGUCUCAAUAUUAUUCGAGAUUUUGGAAGUAUUUAACAACACAAAUAACGGCCUAUUGAAGUUUCAGAAAACGGUUAAGAGGUAGGCCAACAUUUAUCACUCGCAUAUUUUGUUCAUAAUUUACAGAUUCGUUAAAUUACACGUGGCGUCCUCGUACCAGACAAUACCCCUUUUUGAGCUACGGUUAUUGGUCCACGAGGAAAUUUCUAGACAUCUGGCUGCUGCACGCUCUUGUCUACUUGAAAGGAGAGGAACGAAAAAAAGUUGCGCAUGCAGUUCGCACGUUUCCACGUUCGGAGGGUUAACGUCCGACAUAAUGAACUACUUUACGGUAGACGGCAGACCCAAUGUAGGUCGUCCACGCGUUGUCCGUGAUCGCGGGUUAGGCCGUUCUGUUGUUGUACACCGUGUACAUGGGAUGAAAUGCAUUUGAGGGGAGGUGAAUGAGAAGGGAUGGCUCCGUUCAUGCGGAUCGUGGAUAGGGGCACGCAAAUAACCACCGGGUUCAACGACACGGGAGAGCAGCAGGAUGCACAUGCGAUUAUUAUCAAACGUGGUGUAUUGCUGUACAUUUCAAUAAAUACACAUUGGUAGGCCUACUUGGGUGACGUCACAAUACGGCGGUCUAGAAAUCUCUGAUAUGUGUGCUACACACAUGCGUACCAAACACAAAAUUAUGUAUAUACAUGUCGAGUGCGCUCUUUGUUGCCAACCGAGGUUCAGCGACACCGAAGUGCACUAACCCUCCCUUAAAAACAAUAAAAAAUCGAUGGCUUCAUACGUCCGAUGUUUACUUAGAGUAUUCUUUUCCAUUCAGUCGCUUAACCCUCGUCUCGUUCAUUAUUCGCACCUUCUAGCCAUUGAAUAAUUCUCUGAAAGACGACGGCUACUCGCAAGACGGACCCUUUUAACCGGCCUCUUAGGAUUUCGCACGCGUGUACACCGUUCCCCUAACCAGCGUUUCUCCAUCGGAGGCCAGCUGCAUCUCCAUUAACGAAAAGGGGAGGGUUGGAGUAAGAGUUUAUCGACCUUUCUGUGACUUGAGCGCACAUGUAUGCGUUAAGUGUUUGAGAGAGGCUUACAUGCGCGGUUGCAACUGCGGCCGUUAUGACGUCACGCGUCUGACCUCGAUGAUCCUCGUGUCCUCAAAAUGUCGAUUAUUUUAGUCUACUGUCGUUAGUUACAAAGCCUCGGCACGCGAACGUUCGUUUACAUUGUCUGAGGUACGCGUGUAAAAUCUGUACAUAAACGGCCUAUUUUCGACACGUGUGAAUUGCCAUUCAAAGGGGAUAAUGUAAAUUAAAAUACCGUAGGGGAGACAUUUCGACUCUAAUGCAAAACAUUUGUUAUAAUAAAAAAUGUAGCUAAAUUAAAGCACUUAUCUGACUAUGCUAAUAAAUACUAUGUAAUAAACGAUAAUUCUUUGUAUCAAUAACUGAAUAAAAUGCGGCAGAUACCUUAAAUCGUACAAAACAAUGUAUAUUAAAUUUAAUUUGUUGACUAAUAUUAAAUUAUAACAUUAUUUUGACAAUUUUAUUACUUAGAAAAAAUGUUUUACCAAAUAAAAGUUAAAUUAGAAAAAAUAAAGUGUCAAAAUACUUUUAUAAGUAAUAUCUAUUAGAGAAAUAAAACUCAAAAGUUUCAACUUUUAUCACCGUUUUAUUUUUAUUAGCUCAAACUUGAAAUGAAGGGAUUUAUUUAGCAUCAAUUGUCAUCUGCCCGUUUAUGUAAUCUUUAAAUACGAUUUUUUUAUGUUUACAAAACUUUUACCAAAAAGUAAAACGAUCAUUGUACUGCGGAAUUUUUAAAUAAGUCAUCAAAAGAAGAUAUAUCUCAUGACUUUUGGAUGUGUGAUAACAAAAAGUCUUGAAUUAAUGAUACAAAUGAAAUGCACACAAAUAUAUAUUUAAACUUCUGAAAUUUGAGAAAUGUUGGCAAUAUCAAAAAUACAUUUCAUAUAUCAUUUGUAGAUUAAAAACAUAUUAAAUACAUGCACUCAAAAAAAGUGCUCAAAAAGUAAUAUGAAUUAUUAUGGAAAUAUACACAUUAUUUUGUUGAAUAUAAUAAUUUCAAAUGCAAUUAUUGUUCAUGAGAUUAAUGAACUAUUUACGAAUAUUGAAAAUCAAACUUUUGUUACCAAAGAUAAUUUAUAUGAACUCAUAAGAUCAUAUCCAGCAUUCAUUAAGCUAACUUUACGAGAAAAUAAAUACUACACUGGUAGUGAUGCAUCUCUUUGUCCUCUACCUUAUGAUGAAAAUACACUGUUGGAUGAUCCUGAUGUUAAGAAAUUACAAUAUUUCGACCCGAGAGAAUGUAAAAAGCCGUGGACGUGGACGCAACAAAAUCAAAUUAUUGUUCCUGUUCCAAAAAAUGAUACCACUAAAAUAAAGUUAGGAGAACUAAUUCGUCAUGAUAGCAAUUUAAAAGUUAUUCAGAAGUAUACUUAUUACCUAAAUACUAUGGAAAGUGUUGGAAUAACUUUAGUCGAUAGAUUUUGUUCGUUUGUAGUUGAAGUCAUUAAUAGAUUCCAUAGUUUCCCGAAUAAGACAGUAGUCUAUAAUUUAAAGAAAGUAAAUCCAGUUCAUUUAAGAAUAAAUUUAAACAUAGUAUGCUUUAAAAAACUAUUUGUGCGUAUUUAUGAAACAUUUAAGAAAUACUUCAUUUCUACAUUACCCCUUGACUGUAUUACGAAUAUUCUGAAGGUGUUUAGUCCAAAUGACGAAUUAACAGAUAUUCCAAUUCCAAUGGAAAAUAUAGACCAAUACAAAGCAAAAUUAUUAGAAUGCAGGACACUAACAAAUUUAAAAAAAAACUAUGCUAUUCUUGAAAAUGAUGAGCUGUGGGAGCACGAUGCGAUAUCAAAUAAAAAACGUCACUACAAUGACAUAAUAUCAUUACACAAUAGAACUGUACUAGAAGGAGCUGAUUUAUUUGAUUCGGAAGUAAUGUUAAUGAAACAAUCAUAAUAUUGUACAAUUAUUUUUUAUGAAAAUUAUAUAAAUAUUACAUUGAACUCUUAUAUUACGUUAA